CUGGUCUUGCCAGAGUACUCUAUCCACAGUCUUUUCUGCAUAAUGUUUUUAUGCGCUCAGGAGUGGCUCACGCUGGGGUUAAAUGUUCCUUUGCUUUUUUAUCACUUGUGGAGGUAUUUUCGUUGCCCAGCAGAUAGUUCAGAGCUGGCCUAUGAUCCACCUGCAGUCAUGAAUGCAGAUACCUUGAGUUACUGCCAAAAAGAGGCCUGGUGUAAGCUGGCUUUCUAUCUCCUUUCCUUCUUCUACUAUCUCUACUGCAUGAUCUACACACUGGUGAGCUCUUAACUGAAAGAUCAUCAUUAAAGACUGAAAACAACAAAGACUGGAAGUGCAAGGACAAGUGAACCAAGUGAUGCAUGAUUAAAAAAGCAACGAGGAAAAAUUUGAACCCAAGCAGUAAAUAGAGUACAUGAAAGAGAGACCCAGCAAGAAGAAGCAGAUGACCAUGGGAGAACGGCUGAGUUAAUUGUUUUUGUCUCCUGUUUCUCAGUGUAUUGCAGUAAAUGACUUUCAAAAUCCAAGCAAACAAAAAAAUGCAACAAGGGCCAAGUUACACAGCUAUUCACCUGUCCAGGGAUAAUGCUGCUUGCUUUAGUGGAUUCAUUAUAAACUAUACUCCCUACUGUCUUCCAGGGAGCAAAGUUUCUUUUCUUAAGGACUCUUCUGGACUGAGGAAGCAGAGGACAAGAUAAUCUUACACAGAACGAAGACCUAUACAGUACAUUCUGAAAAUGAGCACUGAGUGGACUUCAGAUAAGAUAGAUGACUGUCCUGAAGGGUUAUUCACAUGAUACUAAGCAAACAGGGAUGUCAAAUCUCAUGGAACUGUUUCAGUGGUUUUGUUUGGGUUUUUUCCACCAAAAUGACAAUGACAAAAGAAUUUGCAGUUGCAAUAUUCUGUUUUCUGAUUAUAUGCUAUUCCUGCAGGUGAACGCCCAGUAUGUUUCUGUACUUCAUUUGUGAUACGCCAGUAACAUACAGUGAUAUGUAUAAAUACAUUGGGUUUGACCUAAUCAUGCCAAGCACUUAUCAGAAUAGUGUUCCUCUGACUGGAAAAAGAUCCAAGGUAAAAGCUGCAUAUACUAAGGAGGGUUGUAACAUAGGUAUUAUAUUCAUCACAAUGCUGGAUAACAAAUACUGGACCAGCUAAUCGUGGUCUGUAAUUCUGUUUUACAGCUUUAUUUCUGCUGUAAAAUUUAAGCCAGAACAAAUACACAAAAUGUUUUUGUCUUGUAUGACAUUCGUAUUGAAAGUUGUUUUUAUAAUUUAAAAGUUUUUAAAUUUUAUCAUACAAGUCUCAUUUAAAUUCACAUAUAUGGGCUGUAUGUCUUUAUAUAUAUAUAUAUAUACACAAAUACACAUCUACAUAAAUACUCACAAUCUAUUUACAUUUUAGGUUAAUCCAUCAAGAUCAAAGGUGUCAAGUGUCCAGAACUGCUGCUAAAUGUAUUUCAGCACUGAACCUAGUGAACCUGGGCUCAUUCCCUCAGUCACUGGUGGUCUGGGUAGUAGGCAAGCCUGUAAGUUCAAGACUAACACCAGUGCAUGCACAGACAGUGCUUGGAUCUUGCAUUGUGAAUGAGCUAACAGUUGGGUAUGUUGCUAACAGAGAUGUGGCAGAGAACAGUGCAGAGAGGCCCAUCUGUACCCCAGCUUGUUUACAGCUGAUCUUGUUAGCACUAGCUCACUGUUGACCCAGCCAAAUUUUGUCUGGCUACUGAGAGCCAGUAGACUGUUCCUGUAUCCAAACUCUGAGAUCUUUUUCGUCUGGGCACAGGACUUGAGCAGGAGAGAUGCAGUCUCACGUUCAGCACUGCCUCUGUGCUAACAUACCCUGUUUCAGAGCGUGGUGCAGAAGCUAUGGCUGCGUGAGUCAUCCCACGUCUGCCAGGUUCCGGACUGAGCUGGAGUUACUGUAUGUAUGCAGCUCCAAGACUCUUUCUGCUUUGAUCUGGCUACAUUAACAAAAUUAAAUCCUGUUAGCCUGCAGAGCACAGUGUCUGCAUGCAAACUAUCUGCUCCUGGGCCGCACCAACUCUGGAAUCACACCUGGACGUUGCUUGGAAGAGUGCUAGCUGGUCUGAGCAAACAUUAUGCCGCAUUCAUUCUAACAACAUUUAGAUGAUGAAGUUGUCCCAGGGGCUGACGUUCUUUAAUUCACAAGUACAGACAUAUCCAGUAGGUCUUUCUGGAUGUAGUUUAGCUUCAUACGAGUAUGUUCCCAGUUCUGGAAGCAUACAACAAGGCUGACAAAUCAAAUUACUUGGAAAACUAAUUUGGGCUCUUAUAGUUCAUAAGUUUGGAUUGCAAACACUACAGAGGUGGCUAAACUGCUCUUGAAAUCACCCUGACCCUGCAAGCAAUACAGAUGUGUUUGCUUGGAGUGAGCUUGGGCUAAGAAACUUGGGCUAAGAAUCUUCACUGGAUCUUUAUGGAGCUAACUCAUAAAACUCUGCUGCUAUGGUAUAAUUAAUGCACAACUCAUAAAAAGUUGAUGAUUGUAACUGAAUUUCUUCCUUACAACCUAACUAAUGCAUCUAGUUCUACAGAAGUAUAGGAACUAGAUUCACAAGAACAAAUUACAGUGAAUAACUUCUAGAUAUCUUGCUACCUCAUAAAACUCAACUCUGAGCAGGUGACUGAAUCUUUCCAUGCAUCUUCUAGGAUGUAUAGGAGAUGGAAAGAGAUUAAUUCAGGUUUCCUAUAUUCCAGAUACAUGCUUUAAAGUCAGUUUCAUUAAAAGGCUUGGAAUUUUUUUGUGUGUUUGGAUGGGUGAAAGAUCGAUCACAUCUUGCCUGAAAACACACAAUUUUCAAAUCCUGAGAUUUAGGCAUGAGCUGGACUGCUAGCAGGUCAGUUGUUUGCCUACAGGGCUGGAUAGAAGCUCUGUGAGUUGUUGUAACUGGCAUUGUCAUGUAAUUCUUGACUUUGCACAAGAAGCAUUUGCAUAUGUGCGUCUUCUGAAUGAACCUUCAGGUGACUUCAAGAACAUAAUGCUUGAAUGGACUUGCUGGGUCAUUUCAAACAGGUUCUCUAUUUCAGGCAACUUCAUCAAUGUACUUAUCAAACUCCACUUGAAAGCAGAACACUUUGUAUGAUCCUACUACUGCUUUAAGCAAGUGUUUCCAAGAUCUCACUGCUCUGGUACUAGAAAGUUUUUCUGUAUUUCCAGAGUAAAUUCAUUCCUAGAUAAUUUAUUCCACUUGCUUUGGAGCCAACAUUAGCCUAAAUACACCUUCUCUCAUGCUGCUUAAGACUUCAAUAUAUAGAGAAAGGAGUCCUUUUCAACCUCCAUUCUGUAAGAGCGAGCUGUCUCACGUCCUCCUGUAGAAAAGCUCUCCAUUCCCCAUGUCUUCUUUAAAGGAUUUCUCUGUUGUCUUUACAGUCAAAUUAAUCUUUCUUAAGAGUUGAUGAUCACAGCUGGUCAGAGUAUUCUGGAGAAUAUCUUACUUUGACUAAUCCUUACUAUGAAUGGACAAUGAAAGCUAACGUUCCCAGUUCUUUCUAAUAAUCCUUAUUCAAAAAAGUAAUCACACUGCUCUCAAUAGCAUUUUGUUUCUCUUCAAGAUAAAUCUUAGUUUAAAGUUGAUGGAAAAAUUGUUUAAUAUUAGGAUAUUUUCCCUUUCAUUGUAUUUAGUGAAACUUCUCCUGAGCAGAAAUAAUUUAUGAAACUGGACAAAGCAUUAAUUGAAGGAAGUUUCAAUGCAAAACAGGUAUUGCCAAGUCAAGACCUUCAAAGGUGUCUGCCAGUAUCUAGAAGCUGCUAGUGCUCUGGACCUCACAGACAGCAGGGUAAGAUACAGCCCUCAACAUGUUCCUUGCUCUGUGUUUUUACCCAUGGGUUGCAGUAUCUUGCUGGGAACUCAUAUAUAGUGAAUGUUCUUAAGACCAGAUUUGUCAUUUUCUCUGUUAGACUUGUCAGCCGUGUUAUAAGAGAAGAAGCACAAAUAGAGGAAGGAAGAAUGAAGGAUAAAAGACAACUGUUGCUCUCUUAGUCCCUCACCGUGUAUGUGACUGAUUACAAGCAAAGUCUACUUCAGCCAGAGGAUGGUUGGGGAGUAGAACAGGCUCCCCAGGGAAGUGGUCACAGCACCAAGCCUGACAGAGCUCAAGAAGCACUUGGACAACGCUCUCAGGCACACAGUGUGAUUGUUCUGGCUGUCCUGUGCAGGGCCAGGAGCUGGACUUCAAUGAUCCUUGUGAGUUCCUUCCAACUCAGGAUAUUCUAUAAUUCUACUUUAACCAAAGCAAGGGAAGUAAACUGCAUAGUUGUUGCUGAAAAACAGAAGAAAAUAGUGUGAUCUUUGGUCACAAGGAAGUUUCUUCCCCUUGUCACACUUUUAAGGAAGAAAUAAUGCAUGCUACCCCUUUUUGUCUCCAGUUCCAUCUUGUUGGUUGGUGAAGGGUAGAGAUUUUCUCCCCAAGCCUGCUUCCUUCCUGUCUCUUUUCCUGAAAGGGUGAAUGUCAUUACUUAGGCACAGCAGUCCUCUUCUCUUCUCUUACAUGCUCUGAUGAUACAGAUAGAUCCCAGAAAAGAUAUAAGAAAACACCUCAUCUCUCUUUGCUCCUUCAAGCAAGUGUGCAGUGAGCACAUGCUUAAGUAUUUAUUUUCCUCAUUUGUACCAUCUGUGAAGUGAGAAAGGUGAACCUAGCUUGUGAAAUCUUUCCAUAUAUGUAGUACUCUUUUUUUUUUCCCCAUAACUGUUGGAUCUGCUUAAGGGAAAAAGGUAGAACAUGAAAAGAAAAAGUGGAAGAGGAUAAGACCUGAAUGAGCUGCUUACCCAAGGGGUAGCUACACAAUGUGCUGACCUGUAGCUGCCUGUUCCUGGAAGGGAUGAAAAGGCAAUCCUGUUGGCAAGGUGUUGCUCUGAGGUUCUGCCCAUCCUAUUUUUAGUCAGGUAAUUGCAGUGAUGCUGAAUAAAAUUGUUGCUGCUAUGACUGUUUCAGUUUCAAAUACAGCAAAUCAGCGCUGAUAGCAGAAUGCUUCGCCUACAAAUAAUUAGCUAUACUUAAGCUGUCAGAAAUGUUUUUCCAUCUGCUUCCUUGAGCCAUAUUCUUCCUUUUGCACUAAGCCACUGAAAGUGGAAGAAAAAGUUCUGUAACCUACACCUUCUUACAGAAGCUGUUCUGAGGUUGUUAUUAUCUGGCACUGCUGCUGGGUCAUGAUUACUCAUACAUUAUUAAUAGGGGUAUUAGCAAUCUGUUGCUUUUCCUUUCUCUAUUCCAUCUCCACACAGAUAUUUUUGCUAAAAAAAAAAAUGUACAGGGCAUGAUCCAAAAAUCCUUGAAUGUAAUGAGUAUUUUCUUUUGUUUCCAAUACACUUCAUCUAUAAUGUCCAUUACUCUAGAGCUACAUGGGAAACAGGGUCGCACUGGAAAGUCUCUAGAGUUUUGCUAGUAGAAAUCCCAUCCUUUAAAGCUUGAUAUCACAUCCAUUUAACUGAAUUAUGUUAAUGGAAGAGGGACCUUCAUUUUUGAGGCAUAAGGGUAACAUUUCAGUGCUCGUGCCAAACUGUCACAGAAAGUUAUAUCAACUUGGUAAAAAUCUGGCUUCAUGGAAAUUUAUGGAAAUCAUACCUCUUUUUUUAAUGUGAGCCCCACUUACCAUUGUAAAAUUUCUACCAAGAGGUCAAUUGAAAUUAAAAAAAGGAAAAACCCCAAACACAAUAAGUUUAGUUAAUCGAAAAUGUUAUUGAAUGUUAGAUAAAGCUUGGGGUGCUACAAAUAGAACAGGAGAUGAAAAAGUCAAAGCCAAGAGGGUUUUUUUUAUUAUUUGGGAAGCAACAAAUAUUAGACUGCCACCCAUGCUGCACUGAAUUUUACAUUGGUGAUCUCAGUCCAUAUUCCUGCUCUGGUGAGUUUUUUAAUCAUUUAUUGCUCAUGAAUACAUUGUUCUGAUUUAUUUUUGUUCUGCUCAGUAAUGCAGUUGUAGGUGGGAAGGAGGAAAAUUCUCCUCUGAAAUAUAAUAUUCGCCUUCUUUUCUCCCAGAUAACCUGUGAACAUGCUGUAACAAAAUUCUGAUGAUGUGUUCCGAAGGUACACCUCAGAUGAAGAAUGAAGCUGUUUGCUGCAGAUGAUAUUAUGAUGCAAUUCAACAAACCACAGUUUUAGAAAUAUUUUUAGGUGGUUACACACUUAAAGUAGUUAUUUUAUUGCCUCUAAUUGCUGGCCAACUUCUCAUGUAAGAGAAAAUAUACUUCUGUGGCCUGAUUUCAUGACUUUCUUUGUAGUCAAACUCUCAGUAAAACUGAGGAACAUGAAGUGCAUUUUAAUUAUUUUUUUUCUUAAGAAUGACAUCCCAUAUUUGGGUGAUAUGUUAUGGAAGUGGAAUGAAGCAUUAAAAAGCCAAAAUAUCUUACUUAGUCUAAAUUUUGAAGAGAUGUUCCUCCUUUUCUUCCGUGAAUUAUUCCUAAUAUCAGUGGUCUCUUGACAGAUCUGAAGAAAUGUGCCUGUCCCACUAUUCUGACAGUUUCAGUCUUUUUAAACAGAUUUACCACCACCGAUCAUUAGCAUGAAACACUGACUGGAAAGCAUAGCUCCUACAGACUACCCCAAGAUUUAUGCAAAUGUCUUAAAUAACACUGAAGUAAUCCAGUCUUAUGGAAUAGCUCACACCUGUGCAUAGUAAUGUAAAGUAGCAAUCAAAUAAUAUAAAUAAUACAUAGCACAAGUCAAAUAGUACAGGCAAAGUAGGAUUUCUAACUAUAUUUCUGUGUUCUAUCUGUAAUACAUUUUUUUUUGUAAUACAGUAUUUUGCUUGUUGUAGAAAGCAAUAUAAUAUACAUGACCAAAGAUAAUCAGGCUGCUGCAGUUAGCAGGAAUGUAGAGUUUGAGCAUAGUUAUUUCUAAACAUUUCAAAUAAUUACUGUUUCUGACAGUUAUUGACAGCUUGCAGUUACUGGAGGUGCAAAUUCUGGUGUUAAUAGUAGCUUUAGCAAUACAUACGUUUGCUUCUUUUGGAAUAAGAAUCCAUAUUCCUUUCUAAAACAUAUUUAACACAUUUUCGGACCUUACAUGACUCUCAGUAUAUAGACACUUUAAAUGUAUUACAAAAAAUCCGAAUAAAAUGCAAAUACAAAAUACAGCAAACAUGGCAGGUUAUUUAGCAAAUUUCUUGACAACCUUCUUAUUCAAAGAAAAUUUCUUGGUUUGAUGUCAUUGUGGGUCUCUGGACUGUCAAAGUCCACCUGAAUGCUGCCAUUGCCAACACCAACAGUUCAACACGAAUACGAGGAGAUGCACGCUCGGUUAUAUCUUCUCAACUGCCCAGAAACAUCUCAUCAUGUAGCCACCUUUCCUGCAGAGCAGAUGACAUCCACUUUGUCACUUUCAAUCCCUUGACCUUUUAGAAGGGAAGAACAUCACAGUGCAAAACUGUUCUUAGCCAUUUGCAGCCAAUGAUGUUGACCUACCUUGCCCUUACAGGCACGUACUGGUCUCCAGGUUGAAAAAUACCAUCAAGCAAGAGCAGUUUUCACUAACCUGUUCUUGAGCUUCAACUUCUACUAUUUUGGAGUGGGUUUUUUUGUUUGGUUUGGUUUUUUAUUUUGUCUGAAAGGAAGAGUUGUUUUAUAUGCAUAAUGACCAGCAUUGCUACAUUGGUUUUGGAAGCUUUCUUCAAGCUCUCUUUUGUUUGGUGCAUUUUAGUACAUAUGAAAGCAUACUAAAUCCAUGUCUUUGAAAUGUGUUUCUCCACAGGCCUAAUUUUCAGUAUUCCUGCUCUUCCAGUGCUCAGUAGUUGCCCAGUCAUAAAGAGCUAUAUAAAUGAAUUAUAAAGUUGUAUAAAAUAACUCAGGGAGGAGGCCUCUUACAUAUCCUUUCUUAUAACAUAAAAACAAUGGGAGCACUGAAAGAAAAUGUGAAGCACAGAUGCAAAAUAUGAAAAGAAAGAUAAAGAUUUUAAUCAAUGAACACAUUGCCACAACUGAUACGAGUUAUCAGGACACCGAAUAUUCAGUAUUGUUCCAUUUGAACCUAUACCCUUAUGCAGAUAACAAACACUUCCAUAGCUACAUUUGAAAGAAUAAAACUAUAGAAGAGUUAGAAACCCAGACCUUUCAGGAGCCAUCCAAUUGCCAGUGGUUCGAGUUCAGCAGAUUAUUUACCCUAUGACCUGCUUAUCUAGUACAAAGUAUUUUCCACUUUGUUCUGAAAUGUCUAGAGGUGGCUGCUAUCAGUGAUGGCAGCUGAAGCCAGAUGGACCAUUGCUGUGUUCAUUCAAGGACUCAGAUUCUGUUCUUGAAUGACCAUAGAACAUCUACAGAAUUGGAAGCCGUGUUUCAAAUUAUUAACUUCUCUACACUGAUAAAAAUUUCAAAAUCUCCCAAAUGACAUUGGAGCGUAAGUGUAUUUUCACAAAUACUUGUUUAUUUACUUAGAAUCCUAAAAACCUCAUGAAAGUGAGAUGAAAGACUUGCCCAUAUACCAAGAGUUCAGUACUCAGGAGAGAGCAGUAAGAAUUUGGCCCGUGGUAGCUAUUCCUCACCAGGUCCUUGUAUUUGCUCUCGAUACUCUACAACCUUGUAAAGCAAAGUCUGCAGUUUCACAGGUAGUUUGCACUGGAAGUGCCCACAGAGGAAGUUGAUGCAGUAUAGCUAAUGUAUUCUUUGGUCCUUUGUUGCUCUUUUAAAUUCACUUUCCCAACAGAUGAACCCUUAGACUCCUGAAUUCUUUAGGCACUUUAAAGUGUUAUUUGAGUACAGUCUGCUCACUUCUGUUAACUGCAGGGUACAUGCUCUAACCAACUAACCAAAAAGGAUAUAAAAAUAAGGCAAAGCCAGAUAAUCCUUUUUAAGAAAUUAAGUUCUCAUCAUUGAAUUAUCAGAACUGAGAAAUGAGAGUUCAGCUCUUGCCUGUUACACACCCUUCCUUUGUCACUUUGGGCAGGCACUUAAUCUCUCAACUCACAGUCUCCUAACUGGAGGUGAUGGCGCUUUCUUCUCCCUCAUUUUGUCUGUCUUGUCAGUUUAGAUUAUGAGCUCUUGUGAGAUGGAGCCAUUUCUUUCUCUGAGUAAUGCCUGGCACUGCGUAGCUGAAAUUGGGAAUUACAUGUCUAGAUGGUAUCAUAAUCCUAAAUAAUUAAUACUUUUUAUCAUAGGAGGAAACAACAGAAUUCAAUGGAAUUAGUCAAAAUGUAUUUUUUCCUGUGUCACCAAGAUUGGUACCUGACCUGGUCUGUUGCUGUGCCUUAGGGCCUACUGACAAACUGAAGUGUGCUUUAGCCUCUGAAUGCAUGUAAUGCUGUAAUUUGAUGCUGCCAAAAAGCACUAAAAUGUAAAGAAUAAAAUGAUCCAAACA